AUGAGUGAAUAUGAUGAAUUUGGGAAUUUGAUAGAUUCAGAAGAAUCAGAGACAGAACAUGAUUUGAUACCGCCAAAUCCUGAUGAAGAGUCCGAUGUAGAAGAUUCUGGUCAAUUAAUUAUUCAAAAAGAUGCUAAUUCAUCUAUAAACCAAAGAUUUGGUAAUAAUGUAACAACCAUAACUCCAGAACAACAAAUACUAAAUACUUCAGAACCUGUGAUAAAACCUCGUGUACAGAGAAUAGUCAAAGUAGAGGAUGAAAAUUUACCUCUCUUAACAUAUUCAAGGGACUACAUGGUGAACACUGGACUUUCUGUACCUUCAAGAGUAAGAAAUAUUGCAUUUACAGGGAAUUUGAAUAGUGGAAAGACUUUAUUGAUAGAUAAGUUCAUACAAGAGACUCAUGAAAUAUCAGGAGAAUCCAAAUAUCUUGAUAAUCAUAUAUUGGAACUCAAGAGAGGUAUUACCAUUAAAUCAUCACCAAUAACACUUCUUUUAUCAGGUAGUAGUGGAGUAUCUCAAAUGAUAAAUAUAAUCGAUACUCCUGGUCAUAUAAACUUUGAUGAAGAGGUACAAGUAUCCCUUCAAGCAGUUGAAACUGUGGUUCUCGUCAUUGAUGUGGUAGAAGGUUUAACUUUCAGAGAUAAAUUGAUCCUUGAUGAUAUCAUAAAAAUGAAGAGAAAUCUAGUUGUAGUGUUUAACAAACUUGAUAGAUUGAUCAUGGAAUUAAGGUUACCGGUUGUUGAUGCCUAUUACAAAUUACAUUAUAUCUUCGAUGAUAUCAAUGAUUAUAUCACCAAUCAUGAAUUGAAUAUUGGCUUUCCUACCAUUAAAUCACAAUCCAUUGUUUUUGCAUCUUCUUACGGCAUAACUUUCACUUUAAGAGAUUUUGCAAAAUUAUACAUUAAGAAUUAUCAAUGGCCCAUUGAUGAAGAUUUGUUAGUGAACAAAUUAUGGGAUGAUUACUUCGAUCCAGACUUGAAUAAAUUUACCAAAUUAAAGAAGGAUUAUAGAUCAUUUGUUUAUUUCAUUUUAGAACCAGUUUAUAAGCUUUUCACUUACACAUUAACCCAGAACAAACAAUUGAAGACCUUAUUAUGGGAGAAUUUUGGAGUUGAAAUACCGAAGAAGGUGUAUAAAAUGGAUUCCAAAAGUGUAUUGGUCGAAGUGAUGCAAAGAAUUUUUAAUCUUGAAGGGUUCAUAGAUGUGAUGACUGAGUCUACAAACCCAGUGGAUGAUUCUGAGGUGUUGGACGCCAGGAUAAUAAAACUGAUAGAUACUUCUGAUGGUGAUGACUUUUACUCAUUGGUGAGAGUGUUCAGUGGAAGUUUAAGUAUUGGUGAUGAAGUUAACAUUUUUGAAGAUGAAAAAAGAAAAGCAAAGAUAGAAGAGAUGUAUGUUAGUGGAGGAAGAUAUAAGUUUGCCAUUAACACGUCAGGACCAGGGUUCUUGAUACUAGUUAAGGGUAUUGAAGUUGUCAACAAACAAGGGAUUAUAAGUUCUACGGAAGAUCCCAAAUAUAAGCUUAUGGAUCUUACUACCAAAUCAGUGUUUAAAGUGUCAAUUGAACCAAAGAAUCCCAAAGAAUUACCCAUUCUACUCGAAAUCCUCAAAAAGGUCUCCAAAUCAUACCUUUCAUCAGUGGUAAAAAUCGAAGAUAGUGGGGAUUUGACCAUAUUAGGAACUGGAGAAUUAAUGAUGGAUUGUUUGUUGCAUGAUUUAAGAAACUUUUAUGGGAACAGUUUUGAAAUAAGAGUUAGUGAUCCUAUGGUUAAAUUUAGUGAAACUGUUUCAGAAUCAUCAGUAACUAAAAUCCCAACCUCCAGUGUUGGUGGGGAUUGUAAUAUAUCAGUUAUUGCUGAACCAAGUACGCCAGCGAUUGGAAGAAUUCUUGAAAAGGGUAUAGAUUUAAAAGACCGAACAUCAGCAAAGAAAUUGGUUUCAUCAGGAAUGGAUAUCUUGGAAGCGAGAUCCAUAUGGACCUUUACACCUGAUAGCCAACCAAGUUUGUUAAUCGAUGAUACUAUAGAGAAAGAUAUUCGUCUUAAAGAAUUAAGGCCAUCUCUUGAAACGGGGUUCCAAUGGAGUUGUCAAGAAGGUCCUUUGGUUGGAGAAAUCAUAAGGAAUACCAAAUUUAAGAUAUUGGAUCUUGUAACUAAUGGAGAUAUCCAAAGAUCUCGAACCAUUCCCAUGAUGAGAAAAGCAUGUUAUGCUGGAUUUUUGACAGCUAGUCCAAGAUUAAUGGAACCAAUCUACGAAUUCCAUAUAACAACUUCAUAUAAGGCCCGUAAUGCCAUCAAAAACAUCAUUGAUAAUAGAAGAGGAAUUUUCUCCUCUACAGAAGAAAUACCAGGUACAAGUCUUUUAAAGUUAACAGGAAACGUACCAGUGAUAGAAUCCAUGGGAUUAGAAACAGAUAUCAGAUUGAAAACCUCAGGACAAGCAAUGAUUUAUCUUAAAUACUUAAAUUAUGAUACUGUUCCAGGUAAUCCAUUAGAUAAAGACGUUUACUUACCUGAACUCAAAGCCGUUCCACAAGAAUCAAUUGCUAGAGACUUUAUGAUCAAAACAAGAAAUAGAAAAGGUAUCCCUGGAGAAGCGACCUUACAGAAAUACAUCGAUAAUGAAUUAUUUGAAAAAUUAAAAUCUGUUGGAUUAAUAUAA